UCUUGGUUUCAGUUUACGCUCGCCGCUCCGACAGCUCAGAACAUGUUGCUGAUCCGCGCCCGUUGCCGUGUGUGUGUUUAAAGCAGCAGUUCAUAAUAUCUAUAUACAUAGAAUAUAAAUACAUGUACAUAUACAAACAUACAUACAUCAUUGUAACAACAGCAGCAAAAUCUUAAUACUAUAUUGAGAACUCUGCCUCAGCCGGCAGUUUCCAACAAAUAAUAAAAAAAAAGAAGAAAAGAAACGAAACGAAUAAGUAAAAUAAAAGCGCAGACAGUCGCCAAAUGUUGCAGGCCAACUUUGUCGUAUACAGUUAAAAGUUACAGUUCAAAGCUCGCAAAUAACUCCGCGUUAAAUAAACAACAACAAAUUGUGCAAUUGUGCAAAAUCAAGCGAGUGCCAGCCGCAAGGAAAAAAGAAUAGAAGAGAGCGAGUGUGUGUGAGAGCGGGCGUAAUUUGCAAAAGAGAGCGCCUGAACGUAAGCAACAAAAAGCAAGCAGAAAGAAAUGUGUAGCACACAAAAGGAGUGACAAAACAGAAGCAGAAGCAGAUGAAAAGAAAAGAAAAAUUCGUUCUGUUCCAGUAAAGCCAAAAAUACAACAAAAGCAAAAUGUGCAAUAAACUGCAGAAACAGACUUAAUUCAACCAACAAAUAAACGUAGUGGGAUUACUCUAGAGUGAGCGAGAAGGAGAGAUAUCAAAAACAAGAGUACGAGCGGGAGGCUGCAUUUGAAUUAAAACUCAACCGAAGCGCACACACAAUUACAGAUCGCGUUAAGUAAGAUAUACCCAGAAAUAAUUGAAAGCAAAACUAAACAAUGUCCGAUAUACCGCGCAUUAUGGUAUUCCGUCCCACCUGGGAGGAGUUCAAGGACUUCCCCAAAUACAUAGCCUAUAUGGAGUCACAGGGCGCCCACAAAGCAGGCCUGGCCAAGGUGGUGCCACCCGCUGAGUGGGUACCUCGUCGCAGUGGCUAUGCGGACUUGGACGCCUUGAAUGUGACGAUUCCUGCGCCCAUUUGCCAGGUGGUUACCGGAAAACAGGGAUAUUAUCAACAGAUCAAUAUACAAAAGAAACCGCUGACGGUUAAGCAAUUCAGCGAACUGGCCAGCACCGAACGGUAUGCCACACCGAAGCACUUUGAUUUCGAAGAUCUGGAGCGUAAAUAUUGGAAGAAUAUAACCUACGUGGCUCCCAUUUAUGGGGCCGAUGUUAGCGGCAGCAUCACAGACUCUGACCAGGAUAGCUGGAACAUAAAUCGCCUGGGCAGCAUUUUGGACUUUGUCAACAAGGACUAUAAUAUACAAAUUGAUGGCGUCAACACUGCCUACCUGUACUUUGGCAUGUGGAAAACGACAUUCGCCUGGCACACCGAGGACAUGGACUUGUAUUCGAUCAACUAUCUGCACUUCGGUGCGCCCAAAACGUGGUACGUGGUGCCGCCCGAGUAUGGCAGGCGCCUGGAGAAGGUCGCCAAUCAGUAUUUCCCGGCCAGCUAUAAGAACUGCAAUGCGUAUUUGCGACAUAAAAUGACGCUGAUAUCGCCGCAGAUACUUAAGCAGCACAAUGUACCAGUUAGCAAGAUAACCCAGGAAUCGGGUGAGAUUAUGAUCACGUUUCCUUUCGGCUAUCAUGCCGGCUUCAAUCAUGGCUUCAACUGCGCCGAAUCCACAAACUUUGCCAUGGAACGCUGGAUUGAGUACGGCAAGCGUGCAACGCAAUGUACCUGCAGCAAUGACAUGGUCAAAAUCUCCAUGGACACAUUUGUCAAGCGUUUCCAGAGCGAGCGAUACGAUGCGUGGUUGGAGGGGCGCGACCUCGGCCGUCAUCCAGAGGAUCCGCCCAAUGUGGUGCCAACUGCUGCGCCGCUGCCACCGCACCUCGAUGUGCUUCUGUGUGAUAAAAAAAUGAAGAAGCAAUGCAAUCCCACCAAGGCGAAGAGUUUCAAGGAGCGCAAUCCUGAUCUGGAUCUGGAUGAAAUCCAACAGAAUCCGAAUGUGCCCGACGACGUAAAAGCCAUGUUGAAAGAGAGCGUGCUUACGCUCAAUGAGGAGGAAACCGAGUACACGCCCGAGGAUACAAUGAGCCUGCAGAGUCCUGCUGACUUCAAGACCAAGCAGGAGCUGCUGGAGUACAUGGACGAUGGCACUGAGGACGACGACGAGGAGGAGGACUUUAAGCGGCGCAAGCAGAAGCGUAGAUACGACGCAGACUACGACGAUGAUUGGCUGACGAGCAAGCGUCGGAAUAACUCGCGCAACAGCAGUCGAGGUCGUAGUCCGCGCGCCAAUAAGGACGAUCGCUCCAUAUCGCCAGCGUCCUCCACAUCCUCCACCUCAAGAGGGGCACGCGGGGGUGGAGCGCGCGCCAAAGCGAACUCCACACCACGCAAAACGCCCACGAAGCGAAAAAAGGAGGCGACUGCCAGCAGCAGCAGCAGCAGCAGCAGCAGUGCAUCAACAACAACAGACAGUGCAGCAGCAACAGUUGCAGCAGCCAUUGAGAGAAGCAGCAGCAGCAGCAGCGGCAGCGGCAGCAGUGUUGGCGCAGAUGCCAAACGCGGGCUCAACGAGCAAUCACAGCAGCAGCAGCAACAACAACAACAGCAGCAGCAGCAACAGUUGCAAUUCAUGCAACAGUCGCGUAAAUUCGAGGGCAAAAUACCAAAACUAAGUCAACAGCAGCAGCAGCAGCAGCAGCAGCAGCAACAGCAGCAAGCGACAACAGCAACAUCAUCUAGUCAACAACAGCAACAGAAAAUUACCAGCACCAACAUGUUGCCCGCAGCCAACACACUGAACGGCAUUCCACAGCAGCAGCACCAGCAGCAGCAGCAGCAAUAUACCAGCACAGAUGGCAAUGUCUAUCAGCUGCAAAAUGAAAUUCUCUGUGAUGCGAAUGGACAGGCGACAAGCGCAGCAGCGGCCACAUAUCACACAACUGCCGCUGCCGUGGCGAGCAGCAAUAGCAGUCCGCAGCAACAUGUUGCAACCAGCGUUGCCGACAAUGUGGUCACAACUAUUAGUUCGUCCUCCAUCCUGCACACGAACGCCACCACGAAUGGAGCCACGGAACAGCAGCAACAGCAGCAGCAACAACAGCAACCACAAUAUCACUAUAUAACCACAACGGGAGAGGAUGGCCAGACGCCCACGACGAUAGUCUUUGAGAACUAUAACGGUGGCAUGCCCACGACGGCGGUUAGCGCCGCCGCAGCGACGCCCAUCGUUAGCAGCGUAGAUGGCUCUGGUGGUGCAGGAGCAGGUGCGGGCGCAGGUGGUGCUGGCGCAGCGACAACAACAACGACCACGGCGCUAGUCAACACGGAUGGCACGAUCAUCGAGUUCGAUGGCAGCACCUACGAGGAGUACCAUGUGCUGAAGAGCGAGAACGGGAGCAGCGAUUGCCUGAGCAACGGCAGCAGCGCCGUCGCCGCGGACAUCAUCAAGUACGAACCGCAGCAUGUGGGCGAGGAUGAGGAGAUGCUGGAGGAGGACGAGGAGAGCGGCCUGCAAGUGAAGUACGAGGAGCAGAGCAUGGAGCACGAUCACGACUUUGAGGAAUACCAAGUAAUCAAGGCCGAGGUGGAGGCCGAAGCAGCCGAACAGGCGGCUGGCACCACUAGCUACACAAUCAGUGGCCCCGACGACCAACACCAGCAGCAGCAGCAACAACAACAGCAACAGCAGCAACUCCAGCAGCAGCAACAGCAAUCGCAACACGGCAUCAAUGAUGCCAUGCCUGGCAUGCUCUCCAAAGCGGCGGCAGCCAAACAGAAGCGCAAACGCAAAACGCGAGUCAUAGCGGAGGACGAGCAGGGCGAGUACCUGGAGAAGAUGAGUGUGCGUGGCUUGGACAUAGCGCGCUACGAGCACAUCAUCGAUGGGGUGGCCUACUGCCUAGUCUGUGCGAAGAACGACAUCUUCAAGACGUUCAAGAACAAGUACAGCUUCCAGCGGCACGCGUACCUCUUCCACGAGGGCCAGAAUCGCAAGAUCUUCGCGUGCCCCAUCUGCAACAAAGAGUUCUCGCGGCCGGACAAAAUGAAGAUGCACAAAAAGGAUAAGCACGGGGACGUGCCCAUGCCUCCCAGCUCUGCUGCUAGUACGCCGCAGAAGGCGGAGGCGACAGGCACGCCAGCUGCGAAACGGGCCCGCACCUCCAGAACGCCGCGCGUGCGCAAACUGAAGUCGGGUGAUGCGGCCACGCCCAGCAGCACGCCAACCAAAAAGCGUUUGGCGCAGAUUGACAGCGUGCUGGAUGAGGUGCAGAAUGCCGAGGCGGAACAGCAGCAGCAACAGCAGCAACAGCAACAACAACAGCAACAACAACAACAACAGCAGCAGCAGCAGCAACAGCAACAACAGCAGCAGCAACUGCAACAACAACAACAAACGGCAGCAGCUGCACCUCAGCAGCAACAGCAGCUGCAAACGUUGCCCUCGCUCGACUUUAGCGGCAUGAUACUGCCAGGCGGUGCACAGCUGGCGCUGGCCAAUCCCGGCGCAAGCAGCUCCAUGACGCUGCAACGUGGCCAGGCCACGCCCACACAGAGUGCACAGCCGACGACGACAACAUUGAUCUACUCGAAUCAGCUGGAGUUGCAGCAGGCACUGCUGCAGCAGCAACUGCAUGGACAGAGCAUCAUGAUCCAGGAUCAGGCGGGCAAUCUGGUGCCGCUGCAGCUGGACGGCACGCAGACUAUUUACACAACGGCAGCAGCGCCGCAGCAGCGGGCGACAACAGCAACGUACCAAACGACAACUCAGCAGCAACUACAACAGCAGCAGCAGCAGCAGCAGCAACAGCAGCAGGUGAGCAGCAGCCAGGCGCAGACGCAGCCCACGCACUACGAGCUGGACAACGUGACCUACCUCAGCUCGGCGGCGGCUACGCCGACGCUGCCCAGCGAUCAGCAGCAGCAGCAACAGCAACAUGUCAUCGGCACAGUGCAAAGCUACCAGAUACUGACGCCCGAUGGCCUGCAGAGCUUUCAGCCCAAGCUGGAGACCGGCGAGCUGGGCGAUCUGUGUCCGUACACGAUGAGCGCCACAGCCGCGCCUCAGUACACCUUCACCACGCACGCGAGCGCGCAGCCCACGCUGAAUGCGAAUGCGCUAGAUGCGCAGCAACAUCACCAGCAGCAGCAGCAGCAACAGCAGCAACAACAGCAGCAUCAGCUGCUGCAGCAGCACCAGUUCAGCCACAAUCCGCACCAACAGUUUAUGGAGCUAAAGAACGAGCUGCUGAUAAAGAGCAGCGACGCCUAUACGCUGGAUGCCUCCUCCAUGUACCACCUGCCCUUCUCGCCCACAUCGAUGAUAAAUGCGGUGAACGAUGUGAAUACCUCGUCGCUGCUGGAAACCAAAGAAAUUAGCUACGAUAUAUCAGAAGCCGUGCUUCUAGCGCUCUGAUAAAGCAACACGACCGCGAAAUAUAUAAAACCGACAACUGCAGCCAAAGUACCAAAAAAAAAUAAAUAAAUAAAAUAAAUAAAUAAAUAAAUAAAAUGAUAAUACUAAAUAAAAAUUUAAAAAAUUGAAUAGCAACGCAAAUGGAAGCCAUUUACAAUGCAAAUAUAAAAAGAAAAAGAAAUUAUUAAAUGCAUAAACAUGUUAUAAAUCGAAACGCUUACUCAUAAUACUCAUUUAACACACACAUUUUGCAACACUGAACACACUGAGCAAGGAUGAACUCGCAUACAUUCAACUUAUACAACACUGCUUGAUCGCGUGUGAGCGAGUGUCUGUGCUUGUAUGUGGGUGUGUGGGUGUGUGUGUGUGUGUGUGUGCAUACGACAACAGAAAACUUCACACAUUUCAUUCAUUUUUGCGCACUCCAUAAAACAUUUCAUUUGCAUUUGGCUUACAAUGGACGCCCUUCCCACACCCUCACAUUAAAUCAAAACUAAAUCAUAACAUAAAUGUAUAUACAUAUGUUUAUAAAUAUAAAAUUGGACAUUUUAAGUGCAAGGUUCUUUUAAACAACAACAAGCAUACAAGAACAACAACAACAACAUAAACAACAAUAAUGCGCAGUUCAAGCAGCCAUACACACCACGCAACAACAACAUUCAGAACAACA